GACUUUAAAUUUUUCUUAUAAUGUCUUGAAAUGAUAUAUGGCAACGCCUUUCUCUCGUUCCACCACUCAAAACCUUUUCUGAUCAUUACAUUUUCUAAUUUAAUUCUCAAUUUUUGUUUUUCUUUGCCUUCUUUUUUCUUAUCCAUUUCCCCCUGCCCACUCAUUUCAUUCUCAUACCUUUACGUCGUCGUUUUGGAUCUCUCCUUAAUCCUUUCCAAUCUCAAUGAUCUGGGUUUUCUUCCAUUGAAAAAAAAAAAAAAGAAAGCUUAGUAUUCUGAAUUUGAAUGAUGUAUGAACAACGACUGGUGUAGUGUAGCAUAAUGUUAAUUCUCUUUCUCCCAUUAGUUUCCCUAUAACAAAUUGUUUGAGAUCAAUUUGUUGUAAGGUGAUGCAAUAUUCCAUUUUAUUUUCUAAAAUAAAUCUCCAUCGUAACUCAUCUUCCCUCAACCAUGUCUUCCAAAAUGAAAGGAAUCUACAAAAGUUUCAAAUAUAUCACUCAAAUUUUCGGUAAUAAUGUGGUGAAAGAUCGUGAAAUGGAAAUCGGAUAUCCGACCGACGUAAAGCAUGUAGCUCAUAUCGGAUUGGAUAAUUCUUCUCCAUCCGCUUCCGCCCCUAGUUGGAUGAACGAAUUUAAAGGUGGUGAGGUGAGUGAACGAAGGGAUUCUAGCUCAACCGCAGUAACGGCUCUCACUCAUUGGUCUACUAAUUCCCAAGAAUUUGAUAUUUCAAUAGGUUACCAAUCGGCAUCCGACUUGUCGUUGGAGCUUCCAAAGAAACCGAAGAAGAAAAGGAGUAGCAAGAAUACGACAAUGUCGUCGUCGUCGUCAAGAACAACGAAGUCAAAAGCUACCUGCAAAAAUCCAGUGGAGCCGAUCCCGAACUUUCAAAUUUAGAACAAUUAAUAAUAUACGGCUAAUUAGCUUUUUCAGAAUUUAUCAAAACUUUUUCACAAAGCGUGUUUUUUUUCAUUGUUUUCUUUGAAUCCAAAUUUGUUAAUAGUUCUUCUUUUUUUUUUCCUUUUUUGGCCUCGGGUUGCGUAAAUAAUAGAUGACCGAGGCUGCUGCUUUCUUUCCAUCUCUUUAGUUAGAAAGAUACACCAAUUCAUCUCCAUAAUCAAUUCAAAUUGUUGUGGUUUCUAAGUUAAUAUAUAAUACACUCACACGUUCUUACGGCGCUA